AUGUCUAUCAAAGCGAUAUUCUACAGCAAGUUCGAUCCUCACGAAGGCGCGCCGCCCCGUCCCUCCUCGACCACGGGUCCCAAAAUCGUGCAUCAAGUGCCUGAGGACUCGAUCUUGACGGCGAGCGACCCGUCUGCCUCGUCCAAUGGCCCGUCGUCCUCCUUCUCGUCAACAAUACCUCUUCUCUCCUUUUCCACCAUCUCCCGUUUCGUGAUCCCUCGCCAAUCGCUCUGUGGGAACCUGAUCUCCCUCUCACCUCCACCGCUUACGUCGACUACGCCUCCCACGCUUGUACUGUCGUAUCCAAUAUGUCUGACAUCCCCGCACUACCCGCGCAACGAAUUCAUCUUUAAUUUCGCCCUUGUCCUCGGCGAUCCUGCGACGAUUGACGUGCCCUCGUAUAAGUCCGUGGUGAAGAAACUGGCACACUUGAUGCGCAGUCUGGAGGAACAAUCGCACUUUUUGAGUGACGACGCCUCGCCCCCGAACUCGGGCAAGAUAUACAGCCUGUGUGAGAUGCUGAUGGAAGAUCUAAACAAUUACUGUGAAUGCAUGAUCCCCAUCGAUGAAUUGAAUACAUUGAACAUCAAAUUGUUUCCCUCGCUGCCAAAUCCAGCCAGCGUCAAGCCCUGGCAUGUUCCCCUGUUUACUGUUCGAAUCGAGACGAUGGUGGAUGAGAACUGGGACCUGACCAUGCUACGAAUCAUCCCCUUCAUCAACGGAGUGAAUAGCGUCAAAAGGAUUGCAGCUCUUGCAGAUGCGGACCUCAAGCUCACAAAGAAGUGCGUCAAACACUUACUGUACUAUGGCUGUAUCUUGUUGCUUGAUAUCUUCAGCUUCAAUGCAGUUUACGCCCCGACCGCCGAAUUCGCCAAUAUGAUCGCUAAGGACCCCGAAAUGCAGAAGGAAUGUGCCAGGUACGUCAACACAGCAUUCGCCCCUGGUGCGCAGGAGGAAGCCGUCAUUGACGGCGCUCCUGAACGACGAACAAGCGGCUUGACGAAUGCGACCCUUCAAGAUGAAGAAAUGUGGCCGUUGACGGGUAAAGGCGAUCCCGUCGAUGGUGUCGGGAUUGUCCAGCUGUUCGCCAAUCUGCGACAGGGUCUCACCGUGCGAGAAUGGUACACUCAGAAUGCAAAUAUGCUCGCAAACAUCGAUAUGCGGCGGUUUGUGACAUUUGGAGUCAUCAAGGGAUUGCUCUAUCGGGUCCACCGAUAUGCCAUUCGCACACAGAAAGGAACCUUUCCGUAUGGUCCCGCUGAAGGAGAAUUUCUCCAGCAUCCAAAUUUGACGCGCAGCAUGUCCAGUGAACGACAUCUCACCGAAGAGUCUUCGCAGCGGAGUAAACACAAGCAGAAGCACUCUAGGGGUGUUGGAAAAACUCAUGCGGAUGAUCAAACUCUAAAUUCCCGCAUAGUGGAAUUCCUCGAUGGCACCCACUGUUUCGACGAGAUUUGUACGGAGCUGGGAAUAAGUGAGAAAGAUCUCACGGAGAGAUUGAAGAGUCGAGCGAUGGGUGAGGUCACGAUUAUUUGCAGGUGA